GGAAAAGGAAAAAUUAGGCAAUUUACUUACAAUAAAACAAUGUACAGAAGGGCCCUGAAACUGAAAGUGUUAGAUAGUGGGCCCUUAGGUAGGAUGGGUAUUGUAGUUAAAGAGUCCCUCUCUUGCGCCAAACAAAAUAGGCGUCAGCCGAAAUUUUACAAGACCAAAGCCCAUCCAGCUUCACCUUCCAAUAUAAACAGAAUUCCAGUGAAGUGGACGCGAAGUAACGAAGCUCCCUUCCGACGAUAUUUCUUUUGCUCCCCAUAUCUAUCAACAUUUAGCUACUUGUAACCAAACUCUCCAUUCUUCUCUCUCAAAUAUCCUAGUUAACAGGGUUCGUCUUCAUUUCUUUGCCAAAGUUCAUGAGCAUGGACUGUGAAGGGGGAGUUGUGAUGAUCAAGAGGGCAGAAAUCGAUACCAGGGCACCAUUCAGGUCGGUUAGAGAAGCCGUUGCCUUGUUCGGAGAGAAAGUUUUAGCUGGUGAACUUUAUGCCACCAAGCUCAAGGAGAUGCAUGGUGAAACAAGUGGAAAUGGACCUUCCAGGCUAGGAACUGUUACAGCUGAGCUGGAGGAGACAAAACAUAACCUUCAAAAGGCCAGAGAAGAGAGUUUGCUAAUGGCAAAUUGCCUCUGUUCUUUAAAAGAAGAGCUGGAACGAACAAAGAGAGAGCUGCAGCAUAUGAAGGAACGAGAAACCGAGAAACUAAUGAUGGAGUUUGAGAUCGAAGAUGUCAAGAUUGUCCCAGACUCGACAAAAUUUGAAGUAAAAAAAACACAAACAUCUAAUGAAGUAACAACAGAGUUUCAAAAGAAGAGAUACGUUACAUUUGCAAACCCACCUUCUUUGGCUCAAGUUACUGUUCCACAAGGAGUCGAAAAGCUCGAGAGACACCCUUCACUAAGAAAGAAGAAGAAGAAGCCAUUGAUCCCUCUGAUUGGAGGGAUAUUUUCCAAGAAAAGAGGAAGCCCAGAAAUUGCAUUACCACGAAGUCCCUGAAGAAUUCCAAUAGUUCGAAAGUAAUACUUUCAGAUCCAACAAUAAUUAUCAACUAAAUUUUACUUGUUCUUUUUGUGAGGUUUCAUAUUUCUUUUGUAUACACGUCUAGCAGCAUAAGGCAUAAGCAGGCUGUGGAUGUUUUAUGAGUCAUACAAUAAAAGUUCACAGAAAUCACUUCAUUGUCUACCUUAUGGCAAAUUUGGACAGAAUUUCAUCUUCAACUUAUUUCCUUUAUUUCGUAGACCACAAAAAUUAAUUGCCAAUUAUGAGAACGGAAGCAAAUCUCAAAUAUUAUAUUGGGUAGCAAUGAGAAGUUUACAGGUGUGCUCAACAC